AUGACAGUGACCGAUAACUUGCCUGAGCGCAAGAGAUCAUAUGGCACUCUUGAGCCGCAGGGUGAGAACACUGAUGCGGAAAAUCCAUUUCUAGACCCUGAUAUCGCGGCCCAUUGGCGACUUGUGUACGAAAAGGCCCAAUAUGAAUGUCGGCAUGUGUUUGACCCUUCACUUAAUUGGUCGGAAGAGGAAGAGAAACAUCUGUGUGUCAUGUUCUUUGCGCUUCAGGUUGAUCGAGGAAAUCUUGUUCAGGCAGUUUCGGAUACAUUUUUGACGGAUUUGAAUCUGACUACAAAUGACUACAAUUACGGCAACAUUGUCUUUCGACUAGCAUUUCUCAUUGCGGAACUGCCCUCACAGCUAGUGUCUAAGAAACUCGGACCGGAUCGGUGGAUUCCCAUUCAAAUGGUGCUAUGGUCUGUAGUGGCCAUUUCACAGUGCGCCUUGACCGAUCGCAGGACUUUUCUGGUCACGCGCGCCUUACUUGGUGUUCUCGAGGGUGGAUUCAUUCCCGACAUUGUCCUCUGGCUCUCCUAUUUCUAUACUGCUCGUGAACUUCCCGUGCGCUUGAGUUUCUUCUGGACUUCACUCUCUGUGACAACCAUCGUGACCUCCCUCCUGGCCUUUGCGGUAUUUCACUUGAGUGGAGUACACGGCUUAGCGGGUUGGAGAUGGCUUUUCCUCAUCGAGGGUCUUAUCACCCUUGCCAUAGGACUUGCUUCAUUUUUCAUGAUGCCAGCAUCAGUGGUACAAACAAAGACCUGGUUCAGACCCAACGGCUGGUUCACUGACCGUGAAAUUGCCAUUGUGGCAAACCGAGUCCUUCGUGAUGACCCUUCUAAGGGCGACAUGCACAAUCGUCAAGCUAUAACACCUACCAGACUCUGGGGCGCCAUCAAAGACUACCAUAUGUGGCCCAUCUACUUGAUUGGAGUGGUUGCAUACAUCCCACAGUCACCAGUGAGCUCCUACAUUACGCUUACUCUUCGUUCGGCUGGGUUCAACAAGUUCAACACGAAUUUGCUUACAAUCCCAGCCAGUGUCUUUCAUAUUUUCAAUCUACUUCUGAUCACAUGGGUAUCCAGUCGGCUGAACCAAUGGUCGCUGGUUGCCAUGUUUCAGGCCAUCUGGACGUUACCCUGUUUACUUGCGUUGCGGUUCUGGCCGGGUGUGAUUACAAAUGCCUGGGGAACGUACGCUGUAGUGACGGUCUUGCUGAGCUAUCCAUAUUGUCAUGCAAUUGUAGUUGCUUGGGCAUCAAGAAAUGCUAACAACGUUGGAAACCGAUCUGUUUCGGCUGCACUUUAUAAUAUGUCGGUCCAGGCGGGCGAUAUUGCUGCCUAUUUCGUAUACAGAGAUGACGACAAACCGAAAUAUCGCAGAGGAAACACAUCUCUCAUUGCUAUCAAUAUUCUUGCGAUCAUCAUGUUUCUAGCAGCGAAAGCAUACUAUGUGCUUGAGAACCAAAGGCGGGAGAAAGUAUGGAACGCCAUGUCGGAAUCAGAGCGAGCUGAUUACAUCAAGCAGACUCGGGAGCAAGGAAGCAAGAGAUUAGAUUUUAGAUUUGCACACUAG